AACUUUAAAUGGAGGCCAAUUGAAAAGUUGCUUAGAAUUAGUAAUUCUAUAACAUACUAAAAGUUAACUUAAAGGACCGGUAACGUCAAUUGGUUUUUUUCUUUUUUUAAAAAGAUUUGUAUAGAACGAAAAAAAAACCACCAAGACAUAUGUAACUUUAAAGUCUUUAUUAAAAAAUAACUCACUGUAACUCCGCUUGCGCACCUCUUCGUGCGGCGCUCAAUUUCUUAUCCCUUCCUUUUAUAGGCGAUAGCCAGGGAAACGAACGCCGCAUGAUGGAUUGUCGCCUUUUUUGAAGAGGAGCGCAAAUGGCGCUUCGACAAUUUCCGACCAUGUCCUCCCUGUCCAGCUACGCCCUGCGUAUGUCUCGUUUGAGCGCCAGGAUCUUCGGGGAGGUGGUGAGGCCGACGGACCAGCGGUCGAUGAAAGUGGUGAAGAUGUUUAGUGAACCGCCCCUAGCGAAAAAGAAAGAGGUGUACGACUGGUACCCCCCACACAAUACUUACGUCUCCUUGAUGAGGAACCUGCGAUACCUCGGCCUCUACAGGGAUGAGCAUGAGGAUUUCAAAGAGGAAAUGAGACGUCUGAGAAAACUGCGGGGUAAAGGCACCCCCAAAAAGGGCGAAGGGAAGAGGGCAAUGAAAAAGAAAUGAGUUCAUUGGCUCUGCAUGGGCAGAUUCCCUGUUUGGUGGAAUGGACUAUUAACCUGCUCUCGAUGAACCCUCUUACAUGUGACUUGUCAGAGCCAGUCUAUUAGAUCAACAGUAAAUACUUAUGUUCUUGUUUUCUAAGGCUCUGUCUACCAACUAGGGGUUUGCAAAUGUGCUGCACUUCAAUCUGCAGUCGCCGACCCCCAAAGUCAUAGGCCUGUCCUUGUGACCAAUCAGAUUGGGCAUCCCUCUUCAAAGGGGUGUUUCACCUUUAAGUUAACUUCUAGUAUGUUAUAUGACUCAUUCUAAGCAACUUUUCAAUUGGACUUCAUUUUUUCUUUUUUAUAGUUUUUGAAUUAUUUGCCUUCUUCUUCCUAUGACUCUUUCUAGCUUUCAAAGACGGGGUCACUGACCCCAUCUAAAAAAAACAAAUGCUCUGUAAGGCUGCACAUUUACUGUUAUUGCUACUUUUUAUUAAUCAUCUUUCUAUUCAGGUCUCUCCUAUUCAUAUUCCAGUCUCUUAUUCAAAUCAGUGCAUGGUUGCUAGGGGAAUCUAGACCCUAGCAACCAGACGGUUGACAUUGCAAACUGGAGAGCUGCUGAAUAAAAAGUUAAAUAACAAAAAAACACAAAUAAUAAAAAAUUAAAACCAA